CGCUCAUAAUAAAGAAAAAUAAAACGCAACAAAUAGUCUUAUCAUGAACAAUAAUGAAAAUAGUACAUCAAACUGGAUUUUCUUACUAUUCUUAGUAGUGAUUAUAAUAGGGGGGUUGCUAUUUAUGCGCAACCAGACAAAAUCAGAUGAAACUGUAAGAGAAGAAUCAUCAAAUAAUAAUCAUGAAUCAGAGAAUACAGUGGAACAGCUAAAGAAUCAAAUUGAAGCGAAGGAUAAAGAGAUAAAAACCAAAAACGAAAAAGUGGAACAGCAAAAGAAUCAAAUUGAACUGAAGGAUAAAGAGAUAACAACUAAAAAUAAAACAGUGGAACAGCUAAGGAAUCAAAUUAUAGAGAAGGAUAAAGAGAUAAAAACUAAGAACGAAAAAGUGGAACAGCAAAAUAAACAAAUUGAAACGAAGGAUAAAGAGAUAAAAACCAAGAACGAAAAAGUGGAGCAGCAAACGAAUCAAAUUGAACUGAAGGAUAAAGAGAUAACAACUAAAAAUAAAACAGUGGAACAGCUAAAGAAUCAAAUUAUAGAGAAGGAUAAUGAGAUAAAUACCCACAAACAAACAGUAGAACAGCUAAAGAAUCAAAUUAAUUCGAAGGAUAAUGAGAUAACAACUAAAAAUAAAACAGUGGAACAGCUAAAGAAUCAAAUUAUAGAGAAGGAUAAUGAGAUAACAACUAAAAAUAAAACAGUGGAACAGCUAAAGAAUCAAAUUAUAGAGAAGGAUAAUGAGAUAAAUACCCACAAACAAACAGUAGAACAGCUAAAGAAUCAAAUUAAUUCGAAGGAUAAUGAGAUAACAACUAAAAAUAAAACAGUGGAACAGCUAAAGAAUCAAAUUAUAGAGAAGGAUAAUGAGAUAAAUAGCCACAAACAAACAGUAGAACAGCUAAAGAAUCAAAUUAAUUCGAAGGAUAAUGAGAUAACAACUAAAAAUAAAACAGUGGAACAGCUAAAGAAUCAAAUUAUAGAGAAGGAUAAUGAGAUAACAACUAAAAAUAAAACAGUGGAACAGCUAAAGAAUCAAAUUAUAGAGAAGGAUAAUGAGAUAAAUACCCACAAACAAACAGUAGAACAGCUAAAGAAUCAAAUUAAUUCGAAGGAUAAUGAGAUAACAACUAAAAAUAAAACAGUGGAACAGCUAAAGAAUCAAAUUAUAGAGAAGGAUAAUGAGAUAAAUACCCACAAACAAACAGUAGAACAGCUAAAGAAUCAAAUUAAUUCGAAGGAUAAUGAGAUAACAACUAAAAAUAAAACAGUGGAACAGCUAAAGAAUCAAAUUAUAGAGAAGGAUAAUGAGAUAAAUACCCACAAACAAACAGUAGAACAGCUAAAGAAUCAAAUUAAUUCGAAGGAUAAUGAGAUAACAACUAAAAAUAAAACAGUGGAACAGCUAAAGAAUCAAAUUAUAGAGAAGGAUAAUGAGAUAAAUGAGGUGAAAGAGCUAAAUAAACAACGAGAAAAGUCCGAUGAACAGACAAUUGCCGACAUGGAAGAGCUUCGAAAGGUAUUGUUACAGCUCAAAAAAGAAUUAGAAGAGAAAAACCGAGAAUAGAGAAAAAGUGGGAAUAAAAUGAAAACAUUUAAAAAUAACGUGAAAUCAGCUACAUCUUCACUCAGCCAUCUUUGGUAUACUGCAAAUCCAAGUGUUUUAUUUUAAAACACUUUAAGCGUUUAAAUACUUGUAGU